AUGUCUUUGUGUGAAUGUAUGGAGUCUUACAAGAGAGCUCGUGUUAGAAAAUAUGAUGAUGGUGAUAGAUGGAAUGAAGACACAGUCUAUGCACUUGGCUACUUCAGAACUUUGGCAAGUUCAUUGGGAUUUUGGCCGACAAAUAAUCGUCUAUUGUCGGCAAUUAAAAUUGGAUUAAUUACUAUCAUUGAGUUACCUUUGGCUAUUAUUUUUAUAAUAAGUAUAUUAACAUAUGGAAAUUGUGGUUCUUUGUCUGACAUCGUUGGUGCUUUGAGUAUAAUAGUAUCAACUCCAUUAGCAAUACUAAAAGUCUUAAUGCCUUGGAUCCAACGUGAUCAUCUUGGUAUUAUUGUUAAAUCAGCUGUCAAUGACUGGUCAAGAGUAGAUGACAAUUCAUCUAAAAAAAUUAUGAUGAAAUAUGCUAAAAUUGGAAGAAAUGUACUGAUUAUUGAGUUGGUUGGUGCAUACAUGACAGUGAUACCUAGUGUUAUUGCUAAACAUCCAUCUAAUUUAAAUUUAAUAUCAGAAAAUGUAAAUGAUACAACUUUACCAUUAUUGAGAAAUAUACCGAUUGGUCCAUCAUGCUGGGUGUCACUUGAAAUACCACUCUAUCAAUAUUUAAUUUAUUAUAUUUAUGUCACGAUUCAUAUGUUGGUACUAGCCAGUGCAUAUGUUGGUGGUGACAUAUUUAUUUUUGGCAUUGCCAUGCACGUCUGUGGACAAUUUGAAAAUUUGAAUAAUAAUAUUAAAAAUAUUAAUAACCAAAAUAAUUAUAAUCAACAAAAUAAAUUUUUGAAAAAAAUUAUAAAACGUCAUAAUCAUCUUAUCAAUCUUUGCAAUGAAUUUGAAUUAGUUUGCAAUGUUAUUAUAUUUUUUGAAAUUGUUGCUAAUAUGUUUAUCAUUUGUGUGUCUGGCAUUGUAUUGAUUAUGGCAAUUAAAAUUGUUGACACUGAAGCAAUUAUUAUUAUGACUCUUCGUAUUUUCGUAACACAAUUUCAAAUAUUUAUGUACUGCUACAUUGGCGAUGAUUUAUCACUAAAAUCCAAAAAUAUACAAAUAGCAAUUUAUGAUUGUUUGUGGUAUAACAUGGAUUCAAAAAUAAUUAAAAAUUUAAAAUUUAUAAUGAUGCGUAAUAAUUAUACAUUUAACUUAACAGCUGGCAAAAUAUAUAAUAUGAAUAUUUCAAAUUUUCAAAACCUUUCAAAAUCAAUUUUUCAAUAUUUUUCGAUACUUCGUUUGAUGAUUGAAUAA